GUGUAUCUAUGACACAGCACAAAUACAGUCACAAGGCUUGGGCUCGAACUCGGGCAACUUAUCUUUUCUUGAACUCUCCAACAACUGUCUGGAUCCAGCUGCUCAGUUUCGGUUUCGUGAUAAUGGCGCCAUGUUGAAUUUGAAAAGACAAGGAUGUCUUGCUGCUUUUGUCAACUCAUUUUCUGGUCACUAUCUUGAUAUGUUUUAUCUUUUCGUCCCUGCUGCCUCUGUAAGUUUAGAUGUUUCUGCCUGUGCGCAAGAUCCCGGAAGGAAAAUCUAUCGGCGUAUAACCCAGACCUCCUGGGGAGGUUUAUCUGUAUAUUAUAAGGGGCGGCAUGCCGUAUUUCAGAACUGGUGUGCAGUCCCUAGAACACUCACCCCGCUCGUUCAAAGUUACAGAAUAGACUCUUUCAUUGGAUUGGAAUAUAAUUGCAAUUACGCUGAGGAUAGACGUUUCAACUUUGGUUCAGUGACAUGUUAUGGAAAUACGACAGAGAAUGUCACUUGUUCUAAAGAUCAGUUCAUGGUGGUUAAGACUGCAUCUUACCGUGGAUUGUCUGACUCAAAGACAUGUGGUUUGAGUGAUGAUUAUAGUUGUACAGUUGAUGUAACAUGUCUUGUUAAGAAACAAUGUGAUGGUCAACAUGAGUGUAAAAUAACUGUGGAUAAAACCUUGUUCUCUGAUGAUCUGUGUCCUGGAUUGAAAAAAUAUCUUUACUUUGAAUACCGAUGUUUUAAUGAUGUGAAAAAUUAUAACGAUGUUUGCGUUCGUGGCGUAUCUUUAUCUUUAACUAACUCAUCUUUGCCAAACGAAGGUAUUGUGCAAAUUACCGCGAAUAAUUGGACAAAGAGUGUUUGUGCAGGAAGUUUAAAUAAUAAAGCCAAGAAUGUUGUUUGCGCUCACAUGGGUUACAAAAGAGCAGAAUCUGUUGUUAAUACGUCGGUUCUACCCGAUUCAAAAGAUGAAAUAUUUUCUGGAACCAUAAACUGCAAUCAUGAUGACAACGACUUAACCUUCUGUUCGUUCACAAAUUCCACCUCAAGUUGUUCCCAGUUGUCAUACAUAAAAUGUCAUAUAUGCGACAGUCCUUUGUUAGAAGACAAAGAAAGAUUUCCAGAUUCGUCAUUCACUGCCUCAGUUUCUUCAGAAGAUCACAGAGCUUCUGAUGCAAGGAUAUCUAGUGGUAGUUCUUGGUGUGCUCCUGUCUCAGAUGAUAAACAUUAUCUUCAAGUGGAUUUUAAAAGACUUUAUUCCAUAAAUUAUGUCGCAACAUUUGGCGAUGGUACAAGUGCCAAAUGGGUGAAGACGUAUAUCUUGAAUUAUACGACAGACUUGAUAAACUGGAAACAAUCCAACGCUGUAUUCCAAAAGGUGGUCGCUAUAAAUCACCAUGCAUAUUAAGCCGCAACGUCAACUUAUAGAUUUCCUACCAAUUAAUUGCACUUUAUAUAUCUUAUUUUUAGAUAUUUCGAG